ACCGCGAUGAACUGGUUCUUGGUUAGUUUCGUGACCGUGUUUGUGAAGCUUGCCCUUUCUUGUGACGAGUUUGACGUCAGGCCGGUUACCUACUCUUCAAGCGAAGCAGUUCUCUCCACUGAAACCGUAAUUUUGAUUGAAGGUGAAGCCAAAUGUAAAGAAAAAGGAUCAUCAAAUUUGUACGCUGAGUUAAAUGGGGUCCUUCAACCAGUUGCCCGUCAUAUUGAAACUGAUAAUUUUCAAGUAUCGUUCGUCUUCAAUCACAAAGAUGUGCCUAAAGGUGAAUAUGUUAUCCGGUUUUAUAAUGAAAAAGGUGUUACGGCUUACUUGAGAUCUUCGAAGGGUGGUUUUGUACCCGGCGUACCUCCUGUCUUCACAGUCACCGUUCGACAUAAAGGAAUUUCAUUCAAGCCUGUUGUUUAUUCCGAAACAGUGGCACUAUUAACUAUCAUGUUGAUAGCAUUUGGAGCUAUAAUUACGAAAAACAAGUUCUAGAGCUAUUUUUGAUACAUUAAGUAUUUCACUAUACAUGUACAUUGCUUUUCCUACCAAACAGCCUUUGUAUAGUACUUAUAAAUUUUCACUUAUAAAUGUUGUUGAAUUUCUUGGAUUAAUUGUUAUGAAGUGUAAAAAC